AUGGCGUUGGAGGUGCAACCGCCUAGCGACCGCAAGCGGGUGAAAGUCUACGAACUGAAGGAUAAUGACUGGUUCGAUCGCGGUACUGGUUUCUGUACGGGUCAGAUCCUCGAUGAUGAACCGCGAAUUUUCGUCGAAUCUGAAGAUGAACCCGAUCGGGUGCUGCUGGAGACGAAGAUCUCCAAGGAUGAUGGGUACCAAAAACAACAAGAAACGUUGAUCGUCUGGACUGAGCCCAAUGGAACGGACAUGGCAUUGAGCUUUCAGGAAGCGGAGGGAUGCGCAGUUAUCUGGAAUUUCGUCAGUACUGUGCAGCAACAUCUGCUGAAUCUGGCGACGGCAGAUGAUGCGUUGUCGGACGACCUCGAAAGCUUCCAGUCAAUCAUGCUCCCUCCGCCCGAACUUGGGAACCUGCCCGAAAUUGAUCAUAUCAUGCGAGCCGCGAGUAUCACCCAGGCCGGUCGAGACGCUUUGUCGAAAUUUGUCAUUCGAGACGAGUAUAUACCGAAACUUAUCCCGCUAGUCACCAUGGCAGAGGAUCUUGAAAGCCUGGUCGAUCUACACCGACUUUGCAACAUUAUGAAAUCCCUGAUCUUGCUCAACGAUAACACCAUUAUCGAGACAGUCGUCACCGAUCCGAUCAUCCUCGGAGUUGUCGGAGCUUUGGAAUAUGAUCCUGAAUUUCCUACACAUAAAGCGAACCAUCGCCAAUACCUCGCGGACCAGUCGCGCUAUAAAGAAGUGGUUCCCAUCAAGGAUGCCCUUAUUCGACGCAAAAUCCGCUACACAUGGCGCCUACAAUACCUGAAGGACGUUGUUUUGGCUAGGAUCUUGGAUGAUCCCACAUUUUCGGUGCUGAACUCUUUGAUUUUCUACAACCAGGUUGAGAUCGUAAACCAUAUUCAAUCGAACGCCGCCUUCCUUAAGGACCUUUUCCUGGUUUUUGACCCGAGGAACGCGGAUGCGAAACGCAAGGAGGAUGCAGUGCAGUUCCUCCACCAGUGUGCUGCGAUUGCGAAGAAUCUGCAGGCCCCGGCGCGCGCCAAUCUGUUUGCGAAUUUCAUCAGCCACGGACUGUUCGCCGUGAUCGCUUUCGCCAUCAAACACCCGAACCCCGCCUUGCGCACGACCGGUAUCGAUAUUCUAGUCGCCCUACUGGACCACGAUCCGAUAAUGAUGCGGAGCUAUAUGCUCAAGGCCGUGAACGAAAAGAAGACGCCGCUUACCGACACGCUCAUCGAUUUGCUCCACACCGAGUCCGACCUGGGUGUUAAGAAUCAACUAGCCGAUGCGGUCAAAGUCUUGCUGGAUCCCCAAAUCCCGUUGCCGGACACGAUGGGUCGGGCUGGACCCGAGCACUAUUCGAAAUUGCGUCCGAACAUUCUCUCCGAUGCCUUUGUCCAGAAUCACUUCGACGAAUCCGCCAGAAGGCUGUUCCAGCCGCUAAAGCGGUUGGAAAACCGGGCCAGCCUGAACGACCUCACGUUCCAAGAGGUUGCUCUCCAUUCGCAUCUCGUGGACAUUCUUACCUUUUUCGUUCGCCAGCAUCUAUAUAGGAGUCGGAAUGUCAUCCACAACGAGGCGCUUGCCCCUCGGAUCGCCCAGCUCCUCAAAGUUCCUCAAAAACACCUCAAACUCACUGCCUUGAAAUUCUUCCGCACCCUGAUUAGCCUCCAGGACACCUUCUACCAAGCUCUAAUGACGCAUAAUAACACUUUUGGGUUGAUUCUUGAUAUCGUCUAUGAAACGAUGCCGCGCGACAACCUUCUCAAUUCAGCCUGCCUUGAACUUUUUGAGUUUAUUAAACGGGAAAAUAUCAAAUCGAUUGUCCUGCAUAUCGUUGAAAAGUACGGCGAGAAGCUAAAAACCAUCACUUACGUCGACACAUUCCGCGAUCUGGUCAUCCGCUAUGAACAGAUGCAGGGCUAUGGGACAGCGGUAGACUCCACUCUCUUCUCGCAAGAUGACGGAACCUCCGCUCGGAGAAUGCAAGCCAACGGCCAGCGAUGGCAAGGGGUUAAGGAGAUGGAUGCGGCUGAAGAGGAAUAUUUCAACACAUCUGAUGAUGAGGAAGAGGUGAAUAGCCCAGUCAUGCACAAUGAACCCGCUCCGUAUGCUGAUAAUGGUUUUCAGUGGCAACAACAAGGUCCUGCAACGGUCCAAGCGACGGCUAUUCAGGCGCAGAAUGGUGGCAUUUCCCCAGUUGUUAAACCAUUGGUCGACUACCCGGACGAUGACGAGGAUGACGAUGCCAUGGAUACCAAAUCGGAGUCGGGCCCUGAACAACAGCAGUUGCACGAUGAAGAUCCUCCCCAGCAGGGAUCUGGUGCAAACUCUGACGAGGAGCCUCCGUCUACACCGGUUUCCCUGACGAUACAAACACCACCGGAGCGACUAUCGGAAAAGCGCCGACGCGAGGAAGAGGACGACGACGAGCUUAUCAAACUCACCUCUGGACCCAAACGGAGAAGUUCUACCAGCAGCGGGCCCGGAAGUGCCGGGCUCUUGCGGAAGAAGCGGAGCACAUCCAUCGGAUCGAUGUCACCUAGCGAUAAAGCAAAUGCCCAGGGUGGCUUAGGAAGUCUGGCUGGCGGCACAGCGCCUAAAAAGAUCGCCAUCAACCUGGGCUCCUCAACGAACAAGUCGUCGCAACCGGCUGCUGAUCUUUCGGCUCCGACGGCAAACGAGAGCAGCGAAAAGGAGAAUCGCAGCGACGACCAUGGUAAUAAUGGUUGA